UGGAACCCGAACAAAGAGAAGUUCAAAAUAUUGAAGCAGCAGAGAUUACCAGUCUCCGUCGUUUCUCUGCUCAUAAAUUUCAUCCAUGGAAGCCGGAACCGGAAGUAGCAGGAAAAGCCUUGACUCGGACCUGAAGGAAAGGACGAAGGGUAUGCAAAUUGAAGGAUACCCAAUUAAGGGUUUGUCCAUUGGAGGCCAUGAAACUUGCAUCAUUUUCCCAACCCUCAAUUUGGCCUUUGAUAUUGGUCGCUGCCCCCAAAAGGCUAUAAGCCAGAACUUCCUCCUCAUCUCCCAUGGUCACAUGGAUCACAUUGGGGGACUUCCCUUAUACGUUGCUACGCGUGGAUUAUACAAAAUGGCGCCGCCUACAAUCAUUGUACCGAAAUCUAUAAAGAAUGAUGUAGAAAAUCUCUUAGAGGUGCACAGAAGAUUGGAUCAAUCUGAGCUGAGAUGUAAUUUGAUUGGCUUGGAAGUGGGAGAAGAGUUUUCAUUGAAAAGAGACCUCAAAGUGAGGGCUUUUAAGACAUACCAUGUCAUUGACAGCCAGGGUUAUUUACUGUACUCUGUAAAACAGAAGCUUAAGAAAGAGUACUUUGGACUACCUGGCAACGAGAUCAAGAAACUCCGGUUAUCUGGUGUGGAGGUUACUUACACAAUUACCGAUCCUGAAGUGGCUUUUACAGGUGAUACCACAUCCGACUUCAUAGUUGAUGAAAAUAAUAUUGACGUGUUGAGGGCAAAGAUUCUAGUUAUGGAGAGCACAUUCCUUGAAAAUAGAGUUACAGUGGAGCAUGCAAGAGAGUACGGACACACUCACCUGUUUGAGAUAAUAAACCAUGCCGAGAAGUUUAAGAACAAAGCGAUUCUUAUGAUUCACUUUUCAGCUCGCUACACUACAGAGGAAAUUCAGCAAGCCGUAGCUGCUUUACCUCCACCUUUAGCAGGCCGAGUUUCUGCGCUAACGGAAGGUUUUUGAGAGAGGUAUUUAGAAGAGUUCCGGAAAUCAUUUUGCCCAUUUUUAUGGUUGUUGCAACAAUCAUUCAGUUCAUGUAUACUUCUUUUUUAGUUGUUUUAUUGUGAAUUUUCAUGAUUUGUUUCCAUAAAUGAUUUAUUUUUACUGUCAAAAUGAUGUUGAUGCUUUCCAAUUGGGCCAUCUGUAUUUUUGUUAGGGAAAAUUCAAAAUCAAUCUCUUGUUACAUUUGAGGAUAUUAAUUGAAUUAGCUCCUGCAGUUUUGCGACUGUCAGUGAAGCUUAUAUGCGUUACUUGAAUA